UCCAGGGGAGGCUGUCCCCAGGUGAUGGGUGAGAGGUGACUCAGCACCCCGGGAGGUUCCUGUUUUCAGUCCUUCAAACAGUUCUGCAAGUCAGUUUAGCAACUUUCCCGCCCCCUCCACUCUAAAGUGAUCCUUUGUGGGUAGGCUGAAAUCUGUCAUCUCCAGCCCUCUUUCUUCCCAGGCUCCUGUGUGGCCUGGAGGCCUUUUCUCUGGGACUGUUCUUUUUGCCUGGAGAGCAGGGCAGUGCCUGGGUAUCCAGCUUAGGGCCUUGUUGGGCAGCAGGGAGGGCCAUUUGAGAAGGGAGAGGGACCAGGUGGUGGGGCCACAUCAGGGCCCCUGCCGUGUAUGACCCUGGGGGAACUAGGGGAGCAAGGGGGAGCUCCGUGUCCUCAUGGGACUGCCCAGGCUCCUUCACACUGCACACGCUGUAGCUGGGUGUCUGCAUCACCAAGCAAAGAUGGAAAUGUUAGGAGAUGGCCCAUCACGGGGCUAUAAGAAGAAUCAAGGGGAUGAUUGUGAAAGGCGUUUAUGUGUGUGCCAAGUGUGGCUAUGAGCUGUUCUCCAGCUGCUCGAAGUACGCACACUCGUCCCCAUGGCCGGCAUUCACAAAGACCAUUCACGCCGACAGCGUGGCCAAGCGUCCGGAGCACAAUCGACCUGAAGCCUUGAAGGUGUCCUGUGGCAAGUGUGGCAACGGGUUGGGCCACGAGUUCCUGAACGAUGGCCCCAAGCCGGGGCAGUCCCGGUUCUGAAUAUUUAGCAGCUCGCUGAAGUUUGUCCCUAAAGGCAAAGAAACUUCUGCCUCCCAGGGACACUAGGCGUGCAGCCCACACCCACCCAAGAUGGCCACCUCACCGAGGCCACACGCUGGCCAUUCCACCUUGGAGUUGGAACCCUGGGCAUCAAGACAGGAAGGCAGGGCGCAGUGGCUGAAACAUCAGGGUGCUCCCAAGGCCCCAGCUCUGAACAAGACCUUCUUGUUUCUUGGAAGAGACCCUCAUUUGCUGAUGGUUCAUGCCUUCUGCUGGGACAGGCCUGGGCUGCACAGCCACACUGUCGGCUGACUUAGCCCCCUGCUCACUCUAGGUGCCUCCAGGAGGUGAUCCCUGGGUGCAGCUGGUCUCUGAAUGACGUUACACCCUCACCUUCUUUUCCUGGCCCUGUCUCUGGACUCUCCUCCGUGAGGCCAAUUCCAAGACAGACUGUCGUCUUCACUGAAGCUUAGGCCCACAUCUCCCAGGCUGCUUAGGAGACAGAAUGGAAACGGAGGCCGCCCCUGCCAGCCGCCCUGGCCCUGGUCACUGCAUGAUCUGCUCUGGUCAAACCCUUCCAGGCCAGCCAGGAUGGGGAUGGUCUGUGACCUGCUGGGAAGGCAGGCUGAUGGGGCAGACCCCUGGCCUCUCGUCCACAAGGGAGGAAACCUAAACCCUGUUUCACAAUCUGUGCGGAAGUAGCUUGCCUCACUCGUGCUGAGGAAAGCGGCUGUUGCUCCAUGACUCUAACCAGCACAGGGCUGUGGCCUGCAGGGACGCCCUUCCCAAGGUGUGGCGACUGUGCCUCACUGUACAUGCUCGGAGGCCUGGCCAUACAGAAGGGUGGGUGAUGCUGAAGUUAGUCCCCAUCUUAAGUAAUUAGUUUCUGUAAUAAUCAGGUGGAAAUCAAUAAACAAAUGAAACAUUCA